GGGCAAAUAAGGGAACGUUGUACAGCUUUUUAAAACGACGUGGCAGGAAUCGUUGUGCAACCGUAGCCAAAAACGCCAUUAAAUCAUAGUACGCCAACGCACAGGCAGGGGUGCAUUAUCCUUGAACACAAGACGUUCGCAUAUAUACGUACAGUGCGCAUAUGCUACCUCGACGGCCUCAAUAUUCAAAGUGACAAACCCGCUUAUCGUACAAUUCAUCGUGACCAGCGCAUAGAGCAAGUCUAGCUUUCGCUACCACUUGAUGUAAAAUUAAAGUCGAAAUAUUUCGUCGACAAACACGAUGCGAUCGUUAUCGCGUAUUUUGUUGGGUAAAAAUACAACGUGACCCUGAAACCUUUGUAAAGUAUCGCUUUCUUUUUUAUUCCUCUAUUUCUUCAAAUUCGUAUGGACACGCUUCCUUCUGAGCUGCUUCUCAUCAUUUUACGUUUUGUGGACGAUGUUGCCGACAAGUGCCAGCUGGCUAUAUCAAGCCGACGAAUGCAUAAUCUACUAUGCAGCAAUCCGGGGUGCUGGUCACCGCUCGAUCUUUCACGCCACGGCGAUCGCAUAACAAACGCUGUCCUCGGUUCAAUUUUACGCAAACGUGCAAUUCCCAUUAUACUUCCAAGCGUAAUGUCCUCAUCAACAGCGACAACGUCUACAGUAACCGGGACCAUUGGCAAGGCGAAUAUUGAUGACCUCGGGACGAUCCGACAGGUAAACCUGAGUGGUUGUUGGUGCCUGACACCCGAGGCUAUAAACAUGGUAGCGUGCUCCUUGCCACAGCUGACGAAGCUUCAACUCGAUCGAUACGGCAGCACGCCCAAAGUAUGGCCUUUUGAACAACGCGACCACUUGUACCAAAUGCGGCCCUCACACAACUUGUCGUCACUCGCAAUGGAUAUGUUUAAAGUACCCCACAUGAGCCUCACUCUGUCGGAAUCAACGCUGCACUUUGUUUUGGGACAAUGUGGCCGGAUUGAGACGCUGUCGCUUCGAUACCAGAACCUCGGCAUUAACGGCUGCCGUGCCAUUGGACGGCUCCAACACCUACGUCAUCUCGACAUAUCGUCAUGCACAAUCACACAGCCUGUACUGCAAAUAUUAAUACGAAACGCAGGUCACCGUCUGGUGUCGCUCAAAAUGCUAAACAUCGAAACAACGAACUUGACUCUGCUGAGUAUGCAGCAACAUGCUAAAAAUUUGGAGCAACUACACUUGUCAUGCCAAGAACCUCAGGUGUUGGUGGGUAUAGUGCGGAUGUUGGAACGACUCGACAAACUUCAGGAUUUUCGACUUACACAGUUGCGGACAGGCGGAAACGUGGAUGUCAUUGUCGAAGUAUUGAACUCUGCAACUUUGCGACGACUCGAUCUAUCACCUAAAUUGGAUUUCCAUCCACGAGACCCGAAAACAACAACACCAGGAGCUCGGCUGGUUUCAGCACGCGCCUCACCACCUGGCAACACAGCACAGCGACGGCGCUCACCAUCUCCCAACGGAAAUAUGCAUCCACUCAAAGUAGUUAACAGUAAAAGCAACAGUCCCUCAUCGUCAUCAUCGCCUGUGAAGAAGCCGCUUCAGUUACUCCAACUACCACGAACAGAGCACCAAUUACAUUUGACAGACAUAUCACUGACGACACUUUGUAGCUUUAAAGGACUUGUGGAGCUGCGACUGUGCUAUCCUGUGGUUUCGACACCGGCCUUGACAAAUUUGUUUAAAUGCUUGCCGAACUUGGAGAUACUCGAACUUAGGAUGGAGAUGCGCAGGGCGGCGAUUUGUUCCUCUUCUUCUACCGGUCGUUGUGGGCAACAAAAAGGGGAAGAGAAAUUGUGGAUGGAGCAAGACGAGACAUCUGUGGAUGUGCUGCGAGGGUUGUUGCCAGACAAUGUUCCUAGGCUACGAGAACUAUCGCUAUACCACUCAUGGAUCAGUGUUGCCACGACACGUACGAUCUGCUCCUUCCAACAUCUGCGUGAGCUUACCAUCUACAACUGUGGAAAGAUGACUGAACGUGAACCUGAACUCGUACGGCGGUGGCUGCUUUCGCUUCAUCGGCUCAGGUUACUUCGUGUAGGCCGGAUUGGCCAUAUCCGGUGUGAUCUCUUGGAUGAUAUCGCUACGGCAAGCAAUCCACAACCAAAACGUACUUCGAGACCAGACGGCGAGUUUAUCUUUACUCGCCGUCCAUAUUCUGGGCAAUGGAAAUGGACUUGUAUCAAUGACUAGAGAACAAUAAAGUGUCCGCAUCUCCUUUUCCAUUGAAUGUGAUACAAAUAUCAAAAGGC